AAUUAGCCAGCCAGGUUAGAAGGGUCUGGGAUUCCUUUAUGAGGUGCAACCAAAACAGCUGUUAGACAUAGCAACAGGGGUAUUCUGGCAGGGUGUCUGGCUAACAUUAGUUCUGAAUAAUACGGUUGUGUUUUUGAUCACUAAUAUGGCUGUGACUUUUGGACUCUCUUUGAGUGUUUCUUGGAUUUGUUGCCUGCUAAUUGGAGGGAUAACUUGUUUUACACUUAAAGGUAACGCUCAUGGGCAUGCUGCCUACCCUGGACCUGAACCAACUGGAACAUCUUCCCAAGCAAGUGUGGUGUCUGGUCCAAAUUCCAAAGCUACUGGCCACAAUGCCCCUCAGCAAGAGCUACUGGCCACAAUGCCCCGUCAGCAGGAGCUACUGGCCACAUGCCACCUCAGCAAGAGUACUGGCCACAAUGCCCCGUCAGCAGGAGCUACUGGCCACAAUGCCCGUCAGCAGGAGCUACUGGCCACAAUGCCCCGUCAUCAGAAGCUACUGGCCACAAUGCCACGUCAUCAGAAGCUACUGGCACAAUGCCACGUCAUCAGAAGCUACUGGCCACAAUGCCACGUCAUCAAGAGCUACUGGCCACAAUGCCCCUUCAAGUCAUAAGUCUGAACCCGGCGCCUCAGCAGAAGCGUCCGGCCCGCGCCUCAGCAACAGCGUCCGGCCCGGCGCUCAGCACAAGCGUCCGGCCCCGGCGCCUCAGCACAAGCGUCCGGCCCCGGCGCCUCAGCACAAGCGUCCGGCCGCGGCGCUCAGCACAAGCGUCAGGCGCCUCAGCACAAGCGUCGGCCCCGGCGACCUCAGCAGAAGAAUCCGGCGCGGCACUCAGCACAAGCAUCCGGCACCUCAGCACAAGCGUCCGGCCCCGGCGACUCAGCAGAAGAAUCCGGCACCUCAGCACACGCGUCCGGCGACUCAGCAGAAGAAUCCGGCGCCUCAGCACAAGCGUCCGGCGACUCAGUAGAAGAAUCCGGCGCUCAGCACAAGCGACAGGCCCCGGCGCCUCAGCACAAGCGACAGGCCCCGGCGCCUCAGCACAAGCGACAGGCCCCGGCGCCUCAGCACAAGCGACAAGCCUUCAACAGACGGCCCGACCACUCAACUAGGGAGAUCAUAAUUUGGAUUGCCCAACUCCUUWAUCGUCUUUCCCAUGUUACUUUGCCUCCUUUUGAAGAAAAGGGCAAAGGUAACUGAGGUGGGGAAAUGUGCCAACUAAUGCGCUUGUUUGAAAUGAGGAUCUCCUUCACUUGACAAUUGUUUACAGGGGUGGACGAUACAAUGGUAUUAAUUGUUUGUAUAACCAUACGACAAAAAUGUACUUCUGAUUUGUCGAUAUUGCUGACACACUUUUAGGUUCUACGGUUACGCUUUUGAUUUAGCCUGGUGUUCCUGCUACUCUUGCAUGAUUUGUUCAAUAAACAAUUUGACU